AUGGCCACCAUCCUGCCCCUCCGCCUGCUCCUGGCCCUGCUGCUGCUGCUGCCCCCGGCCCUGCCCGCGCCCCACGAGCGAGGGCUCAUCUUCAACUUGGACAUCGGGGAGCUGUGCCUGCAGAGCGCCCAGUGCAAGAGCGGGUGCUGCCACCGCAACAGCGGCCUCAGCCUGGCCCGCUGCGCGCCCAGGGCAGCCGAGUUCCAGGAGUGCUCCCCAAAGAGCCUCUAUGGGGUUUACUACAAGUGUCCCUGCGAGAACGGCUUGACCUGCGACGCCGAUAAGAGCAUCGUGGGCUCCAUCACCAACAGCAACUUCGGCCUCUGCAAGGAUCCCCUGAGCUCAGACAAGUCCCGGUGAAGGAAGAGAUCCCCCCCAAGACCUCCAUCCUACCCCUGCCACCCUCUUUUCCCCCUCCCCAGGGAUGCCCAGACCUGCCCACGCUGCCCUGGCUGCAGGGGGGAAGGUCUGAGUAAAGAGCAUCUCCUGUCAA